UCUCCGACGGGCCGACUACGAGUGCCACUGUGGCAGUGAGUCAGUGACUCACUGCCACAUACGCACAUAGACUAAGGCUCAAUAUGUUUGGAGGCGAAAUAACGUUAACUUAUAGCUUUUUUUCUUUGUAGGAUUAAACGUCAAUAGACUAUAUAGUCUAUAGUUAGAAAAAAAGAUCUAAUCCAACUUAAUGAGAUGACAAUGGCUGCUCCCUCAUCAUCCGAGCGGCAUGCUGAUACUGGUGGACCUUGUGGCAAUGGCACCGAAAAUGUUAAUGAAGAGACAAAAAGAGCAGUCCCAUCAGACGACCAAGAUUGCCUUGAUGGGGAUGCAUCCAAUCUCUCCAGUGUACCAGUUCACACAUUCCCAGGAAUGAGACACCUUGUAGCCUUCCUAGGCUUUCUGGGAUUUGUCAAUGUCUAUUCCAUGCGUGUGAACCUGUCCGUAGCCAUUGUGGCUAUGGUGAACAGCAGUGCCAUCUCACAUGUCAACACCUCAAGCCCUGAUGUCUGUCCCCUACCUAACAACACUAAUACUUCAACAAAUUAUAAUGGUGAGUUUGCUUGGACAGAAGAAGAGCAAGGCAUUAUACUUGGCUCUUUUUUCUGGGGCUACAUUGCUACAAACAUUCUUGGUGGAAGACUUGCUGAAAACUUUGGUGGUCACAUUGUGAUGGGAGUUGGCGUGGGAGCCACGUCAGUGCUCACUCUUCUCACUCCCUAUGCUGCUCGAUCAAGCGUAAAUCUUUUCAUUGCCCUGAGAGUUGCUGAGGGUCUCACUGAGGGCCUGACAUUCCCCGCAAUGAUGGCUAUGCUGGCCGUGUGGACGCCGCCCCUGGAGCGCACCCAGACCGUCAUCGGCGUGUUCUCAGGAGCCAUUUUUGGCACGGUAUUGGCUCUGCCUGCGUCAGGAUACCUGUGCUCCUCGACCUUCCUCGGGGGCUGGCCUGCUGCCUUCUACAUCUUCGGGGCCAUAGGCGUCCUGUGGCUGCUGGUGUGGGCGGCCAUAGCAAGUCGAACACCCGAGAAACAUCCAUGGAUGAGCGACAAGGAGAAGCUCUACAUCAGCACCUCGCUGAGGUGCCAGGUGCUGCUUUCUGAACAGAGCCUCCCUGUACCCUAUCGCGCGAUCUUUACGUCUAUGCCAUUCUACGCGAUCGCCGUGUGUCACAUGGCGCAGAACUACGUGUUCUACGUGCUGCUCACCGAGCUGCCUACGUAUCUCAAUAAUAUCCUACACUUCGAUAUCAAACAGAACUCGCUGCUCUCAGCAUUACCGUACUUCGCGAUGUUCGUGUUCGGUGUAAGCUGUGCCUUCGUCUGCGACUUCCUCAGGGCGUCUGGUCGCUUAACAACCACCCAGGCUCGCCUCAUCUUCAGUUCUAUCGGCAUGCUGGGUCCCGCAGUAUUCCUGGUGGCCGUGGCCUACACGGGCUGUGACGCGGUGUUGUCCGUCACGAUGCUGACCCUCGCCGUGGGCCUCAACGGGGCCACAGGGUCGGGCCACGGCUGUGCCCACCUCGACAUCGCCCCAAACUUCGGCGGCACACUCAUGGGCAUCACCAACACCGUGGCCACCGUGCCCGCCUUCCUGGCGCCCUUAACUGUGGGGGCGCUCAUCAGUGGACAGGAGACGCUGGAGAGAUGGCGGCUGGUGUUCUGGCUGACGGUGAUCAUCAUCGUGGCGGGCAACACGUUCUUCGUGGCCUACUACCGCGGCGAACUCCAGCCUUGGAACGAACCUAAUUAUGAGCCAGAUUCGGGUUCUGUGAACAGCUCUGAGUCUGAUGACGACCAAGAGACCGAGGAUGAAGACAGAUAUCUGGUUAGGCAAUCCUCUGGAAAUUAGCCCAAAUUUAUAGCCUACUAAAAUUAGCCUAAAUUUAUAGCCUACUAAAAUUAGCCUAAAUUUAUAGCCUACUUAAAUUCGCCUAAAUUUAUAGCCCACUAAAAUUAGCCUAAAUUUAUAGCCCACUAAAAUUAGCCUAAAUUUAUAGCCUACUAAAAUUAGCCUAAAUUUAUAGCCUACUAAAAUUAGCCUAAAUUUAUAGCCUACUAAAAUUAGCCUAAAUUUAUAGCCCACUAAAAU